GCAAAACCAUUCAUUCUAAACGACAAUCCUACACCCCCAUAAUAAACAGUGUUUGUGUCAGUUUGCUCAUCAUUAAAAGUUAAAACCGAGCUGGGAAGCGAGUCAGCCAUGGCGAUGGAGGCAUGGUUCAUGAAGGACAGCGAUUCAGACCCAAGGCUUCCUCAGCAUCGCAACCCCAAAGAGUUUGUUCCUUUGGACCAUUUGGCAGAGCUGGGUGUGCUCCACUGGCGCUUGAACCCAACGGAUUAUGAAAACGAUCAAGAACCGCAAAUUAGGGAAACCAGGGGAUAUAAUUACAUGGAUUUGCUUGACAUAUGCCCACAGAAAUUGAACAAUUAUGAGGACAAGUUGAAGAACUUCUACACAGAGCACAUACAUGCUGAGGAGAUACGCUACUGUUUAGAGGGAAGCGGGUACUUUGAUGUCCGAGGGAAGGAUGACCGUUGGAUUCGAAUUUGGAUUAAGGCCGGUGAUCUUAUCAUUUUGCCCGCUGGGAUUUACCACAGGUUCACCCUUGAUACCACCAAUUAUGUUAAGUUGAUGAGGCUGUUUAUGGGAGAGCCUGUGUGGACUGCGUAUAAUCGGCCACAGGAAGAACAUCCGGCUAGGAAGGAGUAUGUAGAGAGCUUCACUAAGAAAGUAGGAGUGGCAUUAAAAGCUCAUUAAAGGGUCCCUCCUUGUAGAGUAUGGAUAUCUAUAGUUUGAAAGUUUUUAUUAUGUUUAUAUGUACUUGAAACUUGAGGUGGAAGUUUCAUUCUAAAUAUGGUGAUGUAUGUACUCCCUUGUUAUGAAUUUCAUAACUUGGGAGUUAUUUCUGCA